AUGGCCGGGCUCGGCCACCCCGCCGCCUUCGGCCGGGCCACCCACGCCGUGGUGCGGGCGCUGCCCGAGUCUUUCGGCCAGCACGCGCUGAGGCGCGCCAAGGGCGAGGAGGUGGAUUUCGCCCGCGCCGAGCGGCAGUACCAGCUCUACGUGGGCGUGCUGGGCAGCAAGCUGGGGCUGCAGGUGGUGCAGCUGCCGGCCGACGAGAGCCUCCCGGACUGCGUGUUCGUGGAGGACGUGGCCGUGGUGUGCGAGGAGACGGCCCUCAUCACCCGGCCCGGGGCGCCGAGCCGGAGGAAGGAGGUUGACAUGAUGAAAGAAGCACUAGAAAAACUUCAGCUCAAUAUAGUUGAGAUGAAAGAUGAAAAUGCAACCUUAGAUGGUGGAGAUGUCUUAUUUACAGGCAGAGAAUUUUUUGUGGGCCUUUCAAAAAGGACAAAUCAACGAGGUGCUGAAAUCUUGGCUGAUACUUUUAAGGACUAUGCAGUCUCCACAGUUCCCGUGGCUGAUGCUUUGCAUUUGAAGAGUUUCUGCAGCAUGGCUGGGCCUAACCUGAUCGCAAUUGGGUCUAGUGAAUCUGCACAGAAGGCCCUCAAGAUCAUGCAACAGAUGAGUGACCACCGCUAUGACAAACUCACCGUGCCUGAUGACGUGGCUGCAAACUGUAUAUAUCUAAAUAUCCCCAGCAAAGGACACGUGUUGCUGCACCGAACCCCAGAAGAGUAUCCAGAAAGUGCAAAGGUUUAUGAGAAACUGAAGGACCAUAUGCUGAUCCCUGUGAGCCAAUCUGAACUGGAAAAGGUGGACGGGCUGCUCACCUGCUGCUCAGUUUUAAUUAACAAGAAGGUCGACUCCUGAGCGACAGAGUCCCUCCCUUGUAGCUGGCAAGACUGCACACGCAAGGCCGGUGACUCUGUACCCACUCCCAUCAUUUUCCUUGACAAUCUACUGUGCCACUGUGCUACUAACUCUUGUUUACAAAAAUUUAAUUCUAAGUUUAAUUGCUUCAUUUUGCACCCCCAACCUCCCUCCCCUCACGGUGGUACCUAAUAUGUGGAUUUACUAAAUGAAUUAAGCAACCUAGAAAAUAUAGAGAUAAUGAAUAAUUGA